AGCUGGCGGCGGCGGCGGCGCGGGGCGCGGGGCGCGGGCGGCCGGGCCGGGGCGGCGGCGCAGCGCGGCCGAGAGGACGGCGGAGCCCGCGGGGCGGGGUCCUCGGUGAAUCCCGUCAUGGCCGUGUAGGCAGCCGCAUUCGACACCCCAGCGACUGUCUCCCACCGCGGGAAGGCCGCGUCCAAGAUGAUCAUAAAGGAAUACCGAAUCCCGCUGCCGAUGACCGUGGAGGAGUACCGCAUUGCCCAGCUCUACAUGAUCCAGAAGAAGAGCCGGAACGAGACCUACGGCGAGGGCAGCGGUGUGGAGAUCCUGGAGAACCGGCCAUACACGGACGGCCCUGGCGGCUCCGGGCAGUACACGCACAAGGUCUACCACGUGGGCAUGCACAUCCCUGGCUGGUUCCGCGCCAUCCUGCCCAAGGCCGCCCUGCGUGUGGUCGAGGAGUCCUGGAAUGCCUACCCCUACACCCGAACCCGGUUCACUUGUCCCUUUGUGGAGAAAUUCUCCAUCGACAUUGAGACCUUCUACAAAAGCGAUGCCGGAGAAAAUCCUGACGUGUUCAGCCUGUCUCCCGUGGAGAAGAGCCAGCUGACCAUCGACUUGAUCGACAUCGUCAAGGACCCUGUGUCCCCUGGCGAGUACAAGAUGGACGAGGACCCCAAACUGUUCCACUCGCUGAAGACGCAGCGGGGGCCGCUGCCCGACAACUGGAUCGAGGAGUGCCAGCGGCGGCUGCUGCCCCUCAUGUGCGCCUACAAGCUGUGCAAGGUGGAGUUCCGCUACUGGGGCAUGCAGUCCAAGAUCGAGAGGUUCAUCCACGACACGGGCCUGCGGAAGGUGAUGGUGCGCGCCCACAGGCAGGCCUGGUGCUGGCAGGACGAGUGGUUCGGGCUGAGCAUGGAGAACAUCCGCGAGCUGGAGAAGGAGGCGCAGCUCAUGCUCUCCCGGAAGAUGGCCCAGUUCACCCAGGACCAGGACGACGAGGCGGCGCCCCUGGAGCUGGCCACGGCGGCCCCCGACCGGGCGGCCCGGGAGUCUCCCCAGCCCAGCAGCAGCAGCAGCGGGGAGCCCCUGGCCGGCCGCGGCCUCAAGAAGCAGUGGUCCACGUCCUCCAAGUCCUCACGCUCAUCCAAGCGGGGAGCCAGCCCUUCCCGCCACAGCCUCUCGGAGUGGCGGAUGCAGAGCAUUGCCCGGGACUCGGACGAGAGCUCAGAGGAGGAGUUCUUCGACGCGCACGAGGACCUGUCCGACCCCGAGGAGCUGUACCCCAAGGACAUCAGCAAGUGGGACUCCAAUGACCUCAUGGACAAAAUCGAAGGCCCCGAGCCCGAGACCACACAGGACGGCCUGUUUUGCCAGAGCAGCCCCGAGUACCGGGUCCUCUCCAGCGUGGAGCAGCUGAACAUCAUGGAGGAUGAGGCCAGCCCCCCACUAGUGGCCACGCCCUCCAAGAUCCACGUGCUGCUGCUGGUGCUUCAUGGGGGCACGCUCCUGGACACGGGCGCCGGGGACCCCAGCUCCAAGCAGGGCGAUGCCAACACCAUGGCCACCGUCUUCGACUCCGUAGUGCGGGUCCAUUACCCCAGCGCCCUGGGCCGCCUUGCCAUCCGCCUGGUGCCCUGCCCACCCGUCUGCUCCGACGCCUUUGCUCUCGUUUCCAACCUCAGCCCCUACAGCCACGACGAAGGCUGCCUGUCCAGCAGCCAGGACCACAUCCCCCUGGCAGCGCUGCCCCUGCUGGCCACCUCUGCACCCCAGUACCAGGACGCCGUGGCCACGGUGAUCCAGCGGGCCAACCUGGCCUACGGGGACUUCAUCAAGUCCCAGGAGGGCGCCGCAUUCAGUGGGCAGGUCUGCCUGAUCGGGGACUGCGUGGGCGGCGUCCUGGCAUUUGACGCCUUGUGCCACAGCAACCAGCCAUUGUGUGAGAGCCAGGGCAGCAGCCGCCGCGGCAGUGUGGCCAGCGUGGCCAGUGUGCAGGACACGGACCUGCUGGCCCCGGGCUGCUCCAGCGGCAACAGCCUGGAGGGCAGCCGGCACCUGAGCCGAAGCAACGUCGACAUCCCUCACAGCAGCGGCCCCGAGGACCCCAAAAGGCAGCUGCCCCGCAAGAGAAGUGACUCGUCCACAUACGAGCUGGACACCAUCCAGCAGCACCAGGCUUUCCUAUCCAGCCUCCACACAGGGGUGCUGAGGAAGGAGUCGGGCGCUCGCCGCUCGAGCAGCUCCACCAUGCUGGACGGCGCCGGCACCCCGAGCAAGUUUGACUUCGAGAUUGCCGACCUCUUCCUCUUCGGGUGUCCGCUGGGGCUGGUCUUGGCCUUGAGGAAAACCGUCAUCCCCGCCCUAGAUGUUUUCCAGCUGCGGCCCGCCUGCCAGCAAGUGUACAACCUCUUCCACCCCGCCGACCCCUCGGCCUCGCGCCUGGAGCCCCUGCUGGAGCGUCGCUUCCACGCCCUAGCGCCCUUCAGCGUCCCUCGCUACCAACGCUACCCGCUGGGGGACGGCUGCUCUGCGCUGCUGGUGGAGACCGUGCAGAGACACCCGCAGCUGGUCCUGGAGGGACCCCCUGGCCCGGCCCCAUCCGGGGACGGCUUCCUGGAGACCAGCAUCCCUGUCCCUGCGCCCCGGCCCGGCCCGGGCGGCGUGGAGUCGGACGCACUCCAGACCCACAACACAGUCUUCCAGGAGCAUGCGGCCCCCUCCUCGCCCGGGGCGCCCCCCGUCCCCCGUGGCUUCCGCCGGGCCAGCGAGAUCAGCAUUGCCAGCCAGGUGUCGGGCAUGGCCGAGAGCUACACGGCAUCCAGCAUCGCCCAGAUCGCAGCCAGGUGGUGGGGCCAGAAGCGCCUCGACUACGCCCUCUACUGCCCGGACGCCCUGAUGGCCUUCCCCACUGUGGCCCUGCCCCACCUUUUCCACGCCAGCUACUGGGAGUCCACGGAUGUGGUCUCCUUCCUGCUGAGACAGGUCAUGCGUCAUGACAAUUCCAGCAUCCUGGAGCUCGAUGGCAAGGAGGUGUCAGUGUUCACGCCCUCCAAGCCCAGGGAGAAGUGGCAGCGCCGGCGGACCCACGUGAAGCUGCGGAAUGUGGCAGCCAACCAUCGGGUCAAUGACGCGCUGGCCAAUGAGGACGGCCCACAGGUGCUGACCGGCCGCUUCAUGUAUGGGCCCCUGGAUAUGGUCACGCUGACUGGGGAGAAGGUGGAUGUGCACAUCAUGCUGCAGCCGCCCUCGGGGGAGUGGCUGUACUUGGACACGCUGGUGACCAGCAGCAGUGGCCGCGUCUCCUACACCAUCCCCGAGGCGCAGCGCCUGGGCGUGGGCGUCUACCCCAUCAAAAUGGUGGUCAGGGGCGACCACACCUUCGCGGACAGCUACAUCACGGUGCUGCCAAAGGGCACAGAAUUUGUGGUCUUCAGCAUCGAUGGUUCCUUUGCCGCCAGCGUGUCCAUCAUGGGCAGCGACCCCAAAGUGCGGGCCGGGGCUGUGGACGUGGUGCGGCACUGGCAGGACCUGGGCUACCUCAUCAUCUACGUGACGGGCCGGCCCGACAUGCAGAAGCAGCGGGUGGUGGCGUGGCUGGCACAGCACAACUUCCCCCAUGGCGUGGUGUCCUUCUGCGACGGCCUGGUCCAUGACCCGCUGCGGCACAAGGCCAACUUCCUGAAGCUGCUCAUCUCGGAGCUGCACCUGCGCGUGCACGCGGCCUACGGGUCCACCAAGGACGUGGCGGUCUACAGCUCCAUCAGCCUGUCCCCCAUGCAGAUCUACAUCGUGGGCCGGCCCACCAAGAAGCUGCAGCAGCAGUGCCAGUUCAUCACCGACGGCUACGCGGCGCAUCUGGCCCAGCUCAAGUACAACCACCGGGCGCGGCCGGCGCGCAACACGGCCACGCGCAUGGCGCUGCGCAAGGGCAGCUUCGGCCUGCCCGGCCAGGGCGACUUCCUGCGCUCCCGGAACCACCUGCUCCGCACCAUCUCGGCGCAGCCCAGCGGGCCCGGAGCCCGGCACGAGCGGCCGCAGAGCCAGGCGGACGGCGAGCAGAGGGGCCAGCGCAGCAUGAGCAUGGCCGCCGGCUGCUGGGGCCGCAACGCAGCGGGCAGGCCGGAGCCCGGGACCGCCGCCAGCCCCAAGUAGGCGCCCGUCGGGAGCGCUGUGGUCUCCAUGGUGCUAG